ACUCAGCUGGUUGAAAAAGAUACGCCUCUCCUUUCUCUUUUCUUUUUUUGUUUGCAUGUCACAGUAUAAUACUCUUUCUUACAAUACUCCAUAAACGCCCCCCAAAAAGGAGUUAAUUUCUGCAUAGAGGAGAGAGAAGAACCACUCUCCACUUGUCUGUCGCGAAGCUCCUAUAGACAGAGAGAAAAAAGAAAGUGGAGUGAAAACGAGAGACACAAGUUUUUUUUUUUCCUUCUUUUGACAAAGGAGGAGAUAUACUUAGAGAGGUUCACUGUACGGAGCAUUUUGUCACUAUUAUUCAAUUUUCUCUUCUCUUUUUUUUUUUUGCUCCUUUUAAUUUCCUUUGAGUGGGUUUUGGUGUGCUUUUCUUUUCUUUUUUUUCCGUGAUUUAUCGAAAAAGAGUGGCUGCGAAAAAUUCAAUUCCUUUGUGUGUGUUUGAGGUUCUCACUUACCUCUCAACCUCUGCCGUUUGAAAUCCAGAAAAUAAAGUUUUUUUUUUUUUUUUACUUACUUAGAUAAACUCCGGCGAAAAGUUUCAUACGGUGUUGAUUGACAAGAAUAUAAAAGUCUCUUUUUUUUGGGGUUUGACUUGAUCGUUGAUCGCUGGGAUUCGAACUCGGGAUCUCCCGGUGUUUGAAAUGCCCGAUAGCGUUCGGAGCAUGAAGAUGAACAUGAAGAACUUUCUAAAGAAACUCCACAUCACUCCCAAUCCACCCGACGAAGCAGCAUCCGACGACGGAUCAUCGAUUCCAACCACAAAUAACAAGUCCAUCGAUGUAUCAUCACCCUCACCUCCUCCUCCAGAUUCGUCAUCGAGGUCUCAAACCACCCCUGAACUCAAACCCUUCUCCGGUUUAUCGAAUUGGUUAAGCUCCGUUGGUCAUCGAAAAAGCCCAAGCCCACCAGACUCCUUCAAUGCCGCCAAGAACACAGACGCUGCUGAUAACGGUGGCGAUGAUCCUCCCCUCGUGGAGCAGCAGCAGCAAGAUUCUAAGGAUCCAGAGGUUGAAGAAGAGUAUCAGAUACAGUUGGCUUUGGAGCUGAGCGCUAGAGAGGAUCCCGAAGCUGCUCAGAUCGAGGCUAUGAAGCAGUUCACCUUAGGCUCUUCCGCUCCUGACAACAACUCUCCUGCUGAGCUCGUUGCUUAUCGUUACUGGAAUUACAACUGUCUUGGCUAUGAUGACAAGAUCUUGGACGGGUUUUACGACUUGUACGGAGUGUUGAACGCUUCUUCCUCAGCGGAAAAGAUACCUCCUUUGCUUGAUCUUCAAGGGACACCUGUCUCUGACGGCGUGACGUGGGAAGCUGUUCUCGUCAACCGGAGUGGGGAUUAUAAUCUGUUGAGAGUUGAGCAGAUGGCUGUUGAUAUCGCCGAGAAGACGGAGUCUGUUUCUUCCUCUAGUUUUGUCAACAGUGAGCUGGUGAGGAAGCUGGCUGUUUUGGUCGGUGAUUACAUGGGUGGCCCGGUUGUUGAUCCGGAUAGCAUGUUGAGAGCUUGGAGGAGUCUUAGCUACAGUUUGAAAGCCACUCUUGGGAGCAUGGUGUUGCCGCUUGGCUCUCUUACUAUUGGAUUGGCUCGUCACCGUGCCUUGUUAUUCAAAGUUUUGUGUGAUAGCGUUGGUGUUCCUUGUCGGAUAGUCAAAGGACAGCAAUAUACCGGUUCUGAAGAUGUGGCAAUGAACUAUAUUAAGACUGAUGAUGGCAGGGAGUACAUUGUUGAUCUUAUGGGAGAUCCCGGUACGCUUAUUCCAGCUGAUGCAGCUGGACUACAAGUAGACUAUGACGAACCUGUCUGCUCCACUACUCCUGGAGACAAUGAUUCAUUUCAUGCAGCUUCUUCCUCCAAUGGGAUUGAAAGGUCAUUUCAACAGAAUGCAGAGUUGCCUCCAGGGGAACAUAGUUCUAGUACCAAAAGUUCUGAGGAGAGAAACCAAUCCGGAAGAGGAGGAGGAGGAGGCGAUCUCAUUGCUGGUCCAAAUAUUUCCAAGGAAGAUGUGGCAAAUCUCUCUAGUAGGCCAAUUCAUUCUUUCACCCAUAUGAGAUCACCUUCUUGGACUGAAGGUGUGAGCUCCCCAGCUGCACGGAGGAUGAAAGUCAAAGAUGUUUCACAGUAUAUGAUCGAUGCUGCCAAAGAGAAUCCACGUUUAGCUCAGAAGCUUCAUGAUGUAUUACUUGAAAGUGGAGUUGUAGCUCCGCCCAAUCUAUUCUCCGAAGUCUAUCCCCAGCAACUGGAUACAACCGUUGAAAUAAAAAAUCUGACUGAAGCCACCAAGAAAGAGAAAGGAAAAGAUUUAGAGACAGCUCACCAGCAAGGAAGACACCAGAACGAUCUUGGUCCAGUGCGGUUUUUGCCUCCGUUACCAAGACUGCAACCUAAAGCAGAUGCACAUGAUCAUCCACAUGAUCAUGGCAAAGUUGUUAGUCAGUCUGAUUCUUCAACCUCCGAGGCGUCUUCUACAGAAUAUGUCAGAACCGUGCCUGCUGCUGUAGCUGCAGCGGCUGUGGUCGCAUCUUCGAUGGUUGCUGCUGCUGCUGCCAAGACUGCAAACACAGAGUCCUCCACCUUAGAACUCCCUGCUGCAGCUGCAGCCACGGCCACUGCUGCUGCAGUUGUGGCAACAGCUGCAGCCGUGUCAAGGCAUCUUGAGUUAGGUUCGAACAGCGAUGGGGAUGCUGGUUCUGGUGGAAAUGAGCCUGAAGGAAGUGGGGACUCCCCUCAUGAGCCAAAUUCAGGUGACAGAAUAUCUGACAGAUCUACUGGCAACGAAAGUUCCAAGUCUGAUGGAACACUUGAUGAUGUCUCUGACUGUGAGAUUUUGUGGGAAGAGAUUACUUUGGGAGAACGCAUUGGACUCGGAUCUUAUGGAGAAGUGUAUCGGGGAGAUUGGCACGGGACUGAAGUGGCUGCCAAGAAGUUCCUUGAUCAAGACCUUACAGGAGAGGCACUGGAGGAGUUCAGAAGUGAGGUCCAAAUAAUGAAAAAGCUUAGACACCCAAACAUUGUUCUCUUCAUGGGAGCUGUGACCCGUCCACCGAAUCUCUCAAUUAUUACAGAGUUUCUUCCUAGAGGGAGCUUGUAUAGGUUAAUCCAUCGGCCUAAUAACCAGUUAGACGAGAGGAGACGGCUAAGGAUGGCUCUUGAUGCUGCCCGGGGAAUGAAUUAUUUGCAUAGCUGUAGUCCUAUGAUUGUCCAUCGUGAUCUCAAGUCCCCGAACCUUCUAGUUGACAAAAACUGGGUUGUGAAGGUCUGUGACUUCGGGUUGUCUAGAAUGAAAAACAGCACGUACCUCUCUUCAAAGUCAACAGCAGGCACGGCUGAAUGGAUGGCUCCAGAAGUGCUUAGAAACGAACCUGCUGAUGAGAAGUGCGAUGUCUACAGCUACGGUGUGAUUCUGUGGGAACUCUUUACGUUACAGCAACCAUGGGGAAGGAUGAACGCGAUGCAAGUUGUUGGGGCAGUUGGGUUUCAGCAUCGGCGUCUUGACAUUCCUGACUUUGUCGAUCCAGCUAUUGCAGAACUCAUUAGUAAAUGCUGGCAAACGGAUUCAAAGUUAAGGCCAAGUUUUGCAGAGAUCAUGGUUACUUUAAAGCGGCUACAGAAACCUGUAACAGGUUCAAACAUCCCAAGACCAGUCCCUAGUGCUUCUUCAUCAACAACUGAACAGGAACAAAAGGAAUGAUGAUAACAGAAGAAGAAAGAAAGAAAGACCAAAGUUGCAAAGCUUUCUUUUCACUGUUUAAAGGAAAACUGAAGAGAAGACUAAGCUAGAUUUUGCUUUUUUUUUUCUGGUUUUUUAAUUGGUUCAGCUUCAGUUGGUUUUCACACAGCUUGUGAAUAGAGCUAUUGAACGCAAAUUCAUGGAGGAUUGAAGAUUGAAGAGGGUGAAGGACAACUUUCUCGUGUGGUGUGUGUGUGUGUGCGCGUGUGUUUGCCGGUGAAUUAUGUUCAUGUUCAAUGCGUAAAUUUCCUCUGUUUUGUUUUUACAAAAAUUGAAACUGUAAAAAAAGGGAGAGAACCUGAAAAAGCUUAUUUGACUAUAUGAUAUAUAUAUAUAUCAUUUUGUAAACUCGUUGACAAAGAAAUAGUUUGAGGAGUGAGAACUCAAAAGUUUUCACAGUUCAUCUGUGCUUGAAUGAA